GUCAUCAACAAACCUCCUGAGGUGCUGCAUUCUCCAAUCUUCACUCCACCACCGCCCCGGACCCUGCCCCGAGCGCUGCGCGCGACCUGCCACCGGUUGGAAAAGAAGAAAGGAAAAGAAAAAAAAAAAACAAGAUGCGGCUGCCUGCCUUAAUAUCGACCGCCCUCCUAGGGCUUUUAGGGUCCCUCCCCUCGACCGCGGGAGAGAGCACCGGCGGCAGCACCACCACAAGCACCACAACAACAACGACGACGACGACGACGACGACGACGACGACGGGGAAGACAACCAUCACCCUACGCAUCCCCGCGUCCCCGCCCCUCCUGGCCAACCCGCACCUGCUCCCGGCCUCGACCCGCGCGACGCUGACGGCGCUCGGCGCGUCCCUCUCGGCGCCGCUGUCGGUCCACAACACCUUCGUCUUCCCCGACGUCCCCGCCGGCUCCUACCUGGUCGACGUGCACUGCCCGACGCACGCGUUCGCGCCGCUGCGGCUGGACGUCGGCGCCGGCGUCCGCGCGUGGGAGACCUUCCGGGGCAACGACUGGGGGAACAAGGGCGAGGCGAUCCCCGUCGUCGAGGGCGGUGGUGCCCCUGGCGCUGCCGUGGUGGACGUGAAGCCUGUCGGGAUAAAAGGGUAUUAUAUGGAACGGAGCAGCUUCUCGGUGCUGAGCAUCUUCAAGAACCCAAUCAUCCUGCUCAGCAUGGUGAGCAUGGCGUUGUUCUUCGGCAUGCCCAAGCUAGUGGAAAAUAUGGACCCCGAGAUGCGCGCCGAGUGGGAGGAGCGGCAAAAAGAGAACCCGAUGAAUGCCCUCAUGGGCGCCGCGUCCGGGCAGAAUGCCAACCCGAUGGCCAGCUUCGAUAUGGCUGCCUUCUUGGCCGGGUCCGGGUCGAGCAACAAGGCGGAGGAGGGCAACGGGAAAGGGAAGGGCGAGAGUCGAAAGAAGAGAUAGUUGUAUCCCCCUGAGGUUUUUGCGAUCGGAACCGACAGAGUCACGGGCGAAUAGGGCGGUUUUCAACACAGCAGAACAUCACACAAAGAAACCCAACGGCCAAGUACUGCUGCCGGCCAAUGUCCCGUUGACGGCGACCGACGGUGCCGUGGCGAGAGUGGCAUCAUUAGCGAGGGAGAUGCACCUCGUCGGCGGUGUCUAUUUUCUCUCUCCUUCGUCGCAGCGGCCAGGAAUUUCUCCGCGUGCAUUCUUUUUUUUUA